UUGCAUGCAGUUUGAGCGGAGAUGUUUUGAUCGUAUCAUUUGGUUCUUUAGAGGAAUUCACGCUUCAAGAUUGGAAUUUAUGUGUUAUUAGUGUAAACAUUUGUGUGUCGACAUUAAGUCUUCAAGCGCUUAAUAUUUUGUCGAAUAUGUACCAUAAUUUUAAGAGAUGAAACAAAAACUAUGUUCCUUUCAAUGUGCCUUUUCAAUUUUGGAUUAAACAAGAAUUUAGCCUGAAAAAAAAAAGAGCAUUUGUUGUGUUGUGCAUGACGUGCAAAACAGAGUUUUCGCAUGCCGAACUUAGCUCUCAACCGUACCAUCACACGCUUUUACAAUUCAUAUUCCAUGAUUUUUGGACGUAAAACGUCAAGUGGCGAAGCGGACGAACAGUGGAAAGGUGAAAAAUGUCUUAAUACCAUGCGCCAGUCUUUCCACAGGUCUUUGACUACCUGUAGGGCCCCACUGCCUCCAGGAAAGAAAUAUGUUGCUGUACAGUUCCUUACUAAAGAGCUUAUAUUUUAUGUUGUAGAUGCCAAAGGAAAAGGACAAGAAGUAUUUGAUGAAGCUAGUAAGCAUCUAGGUCUUUCAGAUGCAGAACUUUUUGGGCUUGCAUUUUAUCAAGAUGGUGAUUACAUUUUUAUUGAUCUAAAUUUGAAAGUCUCCAAAUAUGCUGUGAGAAGUUGGAAAACAAAUACAAAUGGCAUUGGAGGGGAUGGACAGCCACUUUUAGUUUUGCAUAUGAGAAUAAAAUAUUAUGUUGAUUGUCAUCUGUUAAUCAAUGAAAAGGUUGUUCGGCAUCAUUACUAUCUACAACUUAGGGAAAAUGUGAAGAACUACUUGCAGCCUCUUAGUGAAGAGAAAUCCUUUCUUCUAGCUGCACUAGCAUUGCAGGCAGAUUUAGGAAAUUACAAUGAAGAAAAGCAUAAAAAUCGCUACUUUGAAAUUUACAAUUAUUUUCCAGCAUGGAUUGUAAAAAAGAUUGGAGAGGAUUUCAUAAUUCGCAAUAUACCUGCCCUCCACAAAGAUAAUGCAGGGCUUAGUCGAGGAGAAGCACAAGUUGGUUAUAUCAAAGAAGCUUCCGAUAUUUCUGCACCCCAUAAUUUACAUUUUUAUAAAAUGAGGAGAAAGAAGGGGAAGAUUUGGGGCAAUGUCUGGUUAGGCAUCGGAGACAGUGGGAUUCAUAUAUAUGAGGAUAUUGAAAAUACCAAGUCUUUGCUUUCUACAUUUUCUUGGUGUGAUAUUGCUAAACUUCAUUUUGAGAAAAAGAAAUUUGAAAUACUCUCUGAGGGCAGCCCAGAGUACCGAAGAUUUACUUAUUUUGUUCAAAAUGAAGAUUUAGCCAAACAUUUGCUCUGGAUUUGUCGGAUGACUCAUCAUUUCCACAUGGCCAAUCAAAGUAGAGUAGCUGAGUUAAAGAAACUAGAAUUGGAUGGUGGAAAGCCAUAUAGAGAAGCUUAUAUCUAUACAGACAUAUUUGAUCAAGCUCGAGAAAAGAAGCAGAAUACUUUACAGAAAAGUAAACUAAUAAAAUCCAAGGUUGAAAAUUGCACCAUCAAUUUCAAUGCGACAGGAGACAAUGCUACAGUUGAAAAGAGUUUGAAGCCUGUGAAUAUGAAGAUGUCUGGGUGGAAUAAUUCUAACUGCUUAGAAAAUGGCCAGAGUGUUUCCUCACAUCAUUCCAUGGAAGUUCUACCAUUGACUAAUGGUUGUAAAUUUUCAUCAGAUAUCAAGUAUAAAAGCCAAAGUAUCCCAUGUCUUCCAGAUCGUUCCUUGACACCAUACCCUAAUUCAGUGGACAGUAGCAGUUCCAGCCAGCUGUGGUGUCCAACAUCUAAUAGUGAAUACACCACUCCAACAUCUACCUUGAUGUCACGAAGUAGUUGCACCUCUAAUACAGAUAGUACUUGCAGCUCUUUGUCCCUUACAAGUAGCUCAACCCUUAAAGUAGGAAGUAAUUCAAGGUGUUCUAAUGAUGGCAAUCAUUGGGUGAAAUGUGACUCCUUUGAGGAGCUUCCUCUCAAGGACUCGCCUGAAAAAAAAGUGCAGAAAGUGUGCAUAUCCACGUUUGUUGAUAAACAUGUCCAAACAGCCAGUGUGUAUGAUGCUGUAACUCAGAAGUCAGACAUUUCACGAAAUAUUCAAUAUUCUUCAUCAUCAAAUACCAAUGCUCAAGGAAGCGUAUUCUAUGCCACAUCUUCACUUGAGGCACCUUCUAGUAACAAACUCAUUGAUGUAAAAAGAAGUCCUUCAUUUAAUGUUUGUUCUCCUCAACAUCCAAAGCAAUAUCCUGUUCUUUUCAACACGUCACAAAAGCCUCACCGUCAGUAUACUGCCAAUUCCCAGCAAUCGCAUGGGCGGACUGCAACUCGUAUUGGUGUUUCAUCACUUAGCCGUGAGCAGAGACUGCCUUUGUCAUUGUAUGAUGAGCGACGCAUCCUUGCUUGUGGUUCUGAACCAAACUUAUAUGCACCUUUGAAUGAUCGUAGUCACUUAGAAAAUGCUGUCCUUUCUUUGAAAACGAGGUGGUUGCAGAGGAAUCUCAACAGCCGUAGUGAAAUGUGUCUCAAUGUUUUGGAAGGGCAUGUUCAAAAUAACAUGAAGACUUCAGCAUCUGAAUCCAGAAGUCGUCAGCUAUCUUUACCAGAUGUUUGCAAUGAGAUGACUGAAGGGGAAGUAGAUUUUCCCUGCAUUCCUCCUCCACCAGCAUAUAGAAAUGAAAUUGUAAAUGGAUUUGUCUCCUCAGAAGUCGAUUCCAGCCCACAUCCUCAUUUUCCAUCGUCUGCUAACAAAGAUAAGUCCAAGAGUCAAAACCCUCAUGUAACAUCCUCACAUCUCUCUGGAAAAGAAAAGGAUAUUCAUAAUGGUCAGUCUUCUCCAACAGACGUUCUUGAUAUCCACCAGCUGAGACAAAGAAGUCGAGACCUUGACCUUCCUCUGAUCUCUGCACUCUGCAAUGAUCGCUCUCUCCUCAUGCUUCCCAAAACUGUUCCAACCUGUUCCAGACAAAGGCAUCUUGGUAAUAAUAGUGAUCGUACAAGAUUCAACCGAACAACCUCUCUUCCCAAUGGUGAUGGGUUGGAUGCCUUGCUUAUCAACAGUGGUCGACCUAUCAGUUGGCAUGUUGAUUCCAGCCAGGUUCCUCAUUGGUCUGAAAUCCCUAAACCAUGUUCUUCUUCUUGGGAUUAUAGCAUUCAAACACAUACCUCUGUUGUUGAAGAGAUUCCCAAACCUCGAACUUGCUCUGUGGACAGUGGAAUAAGGACACAUAUACCAUUAAAUGAUGUUGGAAGAAGAAUUCCAACAACAUCCCUGCCGCCAACAAUUUUGACUUCUUUUGUAAAAACGCCAGUUAAGCAAACUCGAAGUAUUCGUGAUCAAAGCAGUGUUUCGGACAGCUAUAGGUAUGAUAAGAAUCAAAUGAUACCUAUGAAACUCUUAGCAGGGUCAUUAGGUAGCAUACCUAAUGGUCGGCUGUACCAAAAGGGAUUAUCAUCUUGAUGUAGGGGAAUUCUUAAUCAGCUGUGUAAUUUUUGUAUCAAUCAAGAAAUUCAAAUGAAAUAUUCAUUUUUGUACAAUGGCCAGCCAUUCAAUCAGCACAGGAUUCCAGAAGAUAGUUGGUAUCAACUGAAACAAAUCAAACAUGGUUUAGUUUCAUAUGCUAUCUUCUAUCAGUGUGAUCUUGGAUAACAGUUGUUCUGCAUAGGAUUUUGUAAAUCUAUCAUGUCGAUUGCUGUUAGUUCUGCAACUAUGUAUAAAAUGAAUGGAUAUUUGGUAGCUUUGAUGUUACUAAAAAUUUCAGAAUGUGUAAGGAAUCCAUUUGUGUGUAAUUUUGCUCAAUUAUCUUGUGUGUCAGAUUUGUAUAUAUUUUAUAAAGCCAGUUUUAUUAUAUGUAUAUUUUUAAAUUUUGUAAUUUUUAAAAAAAAUUGCGGAUAAAUCAUGUCAUAAAAUGAGCGUGGAAAACUUUAAUAAUUUUACUUCUUUUGGAAUGCACUAUCAGGGAAUAUUUAGUUUCACUUGCAAAUAUUUGUGUAAAGCACAUAUGAUUUUCAGAAUUUCAAGGGUAUAGUUUAAAAAAAUAUAUAUAUUCAUUAAAAUACCAAUAAAAUAAAAAUGGUGUUUUUAGAAUAUAAGCAUGUUUUUAAAUAAGUAUUUUAUUAAUUUAUUUAAAUAUUACAAUUUAAAAAAUACUCAGUUUUUUCGAUUUUUUUUCCUUUUAUAUUAAUAAAAGCAUGCUCCAUCCAUGUAGUUUUUCAAUAUUUCAUUAAUAAUAUUAAAUAUUUUCAAUAUUUUUAUUGUAAGGAAUUUUACAUAAAGCAUUCAAGUUUAACUUGAUAGAUUUUUUAAAAAUUUAUAGCAAUUCUGAUAAUAAAAUCAAAUACAUUAUUUUCAAAAAUAAAUUUUUAAUGAUUAGGCAGGAGAUAGUUCUACCUAUUCUUCGAUUUUAUAACACUCUGAUAUUCAUUUAAUAAUACUUAAACGAAAAUUGAAAUUUUUAAAUAAAAUGGUUUUUAAGUACUGAAAAAUGAUUUUGAAUAUCUUUUUAUUAUAAUAUUUAUCAAAUUCUGAAAUAAAAGGAUAUUCACUUGAUUGAAAUAUUAUUGCCUUUUGCCAAUUAAUUCUAUUUACUAUUUCUAAAAUAAAUGUAUUCCAUAUUUUUCUUCCAUAAAUGAAUUUGUCAUUGAACAUAGAAUCAGUUUAAAUUUAACCAAUAAUUUAUAGAUAUGGAAAUAAUCUGUGAAUUUAUUUAUAAGUUAAUAAUGAAAUUAAAAAUAUGUCUUAUCUGAAGUAAUUGAUGUAUUAUCUGUCUUUGCAAGUGUGGUGGAGUUUUGUUUCAUUUGUGUGUUAGAAGAUAUUUGUUUUCUUUCUGUGAAAUGAGUCAUUAUGUCAGUGUAUAUAAGUAAAUUUGUUGAAGCACUUAUUUUUGUAUAUUAAAUAAAAUUAUUUUAUGAUGU